UACCUCUAACCUAUAACUGCGAAAUCAGUAGUGACAGUUCAUCAAAAAUCAAAGCCUUCUUUGCGUUUGUUUGCGCUUCGUUUUGGUUGCACUGUAUAUGUCGUAUGUAGUAGACUAGAUGGCAGUAUGUUUACUUAGUUAAAGGCCCAUUAACUUAUAUCAUCUGUCAACGAUUUUCAUGCAUACACUAACAAUGUACGCAAGCCAGUUUUGUUAUUUCAUCUAUGGCUUCGUUUCCGUAACCUGUUUUGACACGAGAAAGUGAACUCUCGCAUCUUUCUUCACCCGAAUUGGAUAUAAUUUAUCAGUGACAAUAAAAUCAUCUAGCAAUUCGAGUUUAACUUUAGAUUGUUGUGACUUGUGCAUUGACCACGUAUCACCAAUAACAAUCAGCUCCCAACACGAUAAAGCUAUCAAGUUAUACCAUUGUCUACUAAAUCUAUCAGUGUUUUUACACUCUUAUGGUAUGCUGCGCGGACAGAUAGUUUCAGCAAGCCAAUCGUUUUCACACCUGGCCUGUGAAUUCACACUAUUCCUAAGUGCUUCCUAAGAGUUGUCCGUCUUCCAAGAGUCAAGAGAAAUUUCAUGGCAUUUAGAGAUCGUCUCGGCCGUAGACGGCAAUACCAACAUUACGGUGACUUGCCUUCGUCGAUGAACUCGUCUUACCCGCGUGGCAAUUUUGAGAAGCGAUCUUAUCCCGACGAAGGAUAUAGACACAAGGGAACAGAUUCGUUCGAUGAUCGGGACAGACUCGGCUACCGACUCGACGAAUUCGACCGCAGCCCGGAAACGCCUCACUCGCCAAGUAUUGCCCGAGACAAUUAUAGCAACAACGAUGUCAACAGCAAUGACCAGCGUUACUCCCCGCGAAAUCUCCGUCCGGAGAUCCCAAGGGAGUUCUAUUCCUCGCAAAAUGGAAAACUUGACGUCCCGCUGCGUAACCCGUACGCGUCCGGCAAUGGCCCGAGAGACCCGUACGUAUCCCGGGAUGACCCUAUAGAUCUUCACUUGACUGACAAUGACACUAAAAGCUCCUACCCGUUCCGCAAUGACCCGCAGGACUCCUUUCCGUCCCGUAAUCACUCAAUGGACCCGUAUCACCACACCAACGAACCCACUGUCUUUCGUGGCAGUCCUCAAAUUUUACGAGGCCCAGAUCGUAACUCUGUGCGUAGCGAUCCUUACGAUAGCCUACGCAGAGCGCUCAAUUAUCCCGUAGCGCCGGAGUCGCCUUCCCAGGAAUUGAAGCACAGUCCACGUGACUCGUCUAAAUCUGCUGACAUGCGCACUGACAACGAUUUCGAUCUUGAACUUGACAAGCCUGCUGAUCUCGAUAUCACGGGAUCAUACAGAAACCCCGCGUAUGACAAGACAUCAGAAAAUGCUACAGGGACGAUUAAAGUACUCGGAAGCUCGAAGGAGAAAUCCUCGAAACCCGCGGGACACUCGCGAGAGUCAUCGAGGCGUUGCUGUGGUUACCGUGUGCUCCUAGCGCUGAUUUUAGUGCUGGUGAUUUUAGCGCUUUUGAUGACGGGACUGUUCAUAUGGAAAGCCACUAGUUGUAACGGAAACGAGGCAAAGGGGGCCUAUGCCUACACUGCGAAUCCGACCGUUGCACCAUUUAUCCCUGGUGCGUGCAAUCGACCGGACCCCAUAGAACUAAAACCCCUUCCUAAACAAAUCCGAGAUAAAUUGGAAGAACUAACUUCAUUUGUACAAAACGAGGUCGAGCUUGGUAAAGCGACAGCCGUCAGCGCUAGCUUGGUAUACCGGGACGAGGUGAUCUGGAGUGGAGGGUUCGGGGUGAUGGACAAGUCUGCAAAUCCCCCCGUCCCUCCCACCCCUGACACAAUCUUUCCUUGUGCAAGCGUAUCCAAGGUGUUCACGGCGUUGAUGCUAUUUAUUCAACUAAACAACAAGAAAAUCAGCUCCAUUGACGAUACAGUUGUCCAAUAUGAGCCCGAGUUCUCAGUCAACAAUCCCUUCAAUGACCACAAGAUAACAUUUUAUGACCUAGUCACGCAGAUGUCAGGCCUGCCUCGGGAGGCUCCCUGCUAUGAAGCCACGCCUACCAAUCUGUGCCCCCACGACUAUGACACCAUGAUGAGGAGAAUUAAGAACAAGACGCUGGUGCUUAAGCCGCAGACCACGCCCCAAUACAGUAACCUCGGCCUUGGGCUCCUCGGGCAAGUCUUGUUUAAGUAUUUCGGAUCUCCGUACAACAACUUCGGGGAGUGGAUUGGUAAAGAAAUCCUGGAAAAACUUGGGAUGACAAAGUCAAAAUUUACGCUGACAGACAGUGAAAGGAAAGCGAUUCCCUUGGGUUACACAAGAGCUGAUGAGUACAGUCCCGUUCAGAACUGGGGCUGGCUGGAUCCAGCAGGGGGGUUAUUCACGACCGUUACCGACCUUGCUAAGUUCCAGAUCAGUCUGAUGUCAGAUUCAAAUGAGUUUCUAUCACGUGAGCUAACGCAGCGAUUUUUGCGCCCGGUUUACGUCUUCUACAAUGACAAAGUGAUGACCGGGAUGUCGUGGGAGAUUGAGUACCACAAGGGCUACCUUAUAAGGAUGAAGAAGGGGUAUAUCUACGGCUAUGACAGCAUUGUUGCCAUGGUGCCUGAGCUCAGACUAGGUCUGAGCUUCAUCUGCACGGACUGUAAUGAUAAGCUAAGCUCGAGUCUGAUGCAGCCCUUUAGGGAAAUCGUUACCCUGUUCCACGGGAUUUUGAAUAAUGUCACCCAAAAGGCGUUCGUCAAGCCACCCGAUGCUCGUCCAUUCCUGGGUCGUUACAACAGUAGUAUCGCUACGAUUGACUACAUGGACAUCAAAGAAUAUCCAGAUAAACUAGUGAUGGCAGUCAACGGUCACGACGUCUUUUUCUUGAACUACAAGUCCCAUUUAGUCUUCACCAUCACUCCUAAUCCGGUCAUCGACUGUGCUACGACAUUCACAAUGGGUGUCAAAGGAGACGAGGUCAUUUUUGGUGCCCCGCAUAAUGGGACGUCAUCUCGGUUUCUAAUGUACGGAGCACAUCCUUCAGGGUUGUCUUACUUUUAUCGUAUUCCAGGUUAAUCUGACAAAUGGUAGCUUUUUUUUGUCUUAGUGCAGCGGUAGGUAAUCGAGAGGGAUAGGGAAAGAUAGAAAUGGGCCUUAAGGAUGCACUAUAGAACGUAAAAAUAAAUCCCCGUGCAAACAACGCCGGCUCAGGUAGAAUAUGUUUGUAAUGUGAUGAUUGCACAUCACGUUGGGAUGUGUACUGUAAGCAGUUCGCCAACAUUUUCUUUUUCUUGUGGUCAGCCGAGCAUAGCGAAAUAUUAUAAGGACCCAGAGGAGUGACAGACAGUUGUACGGAUUCCGAGUAACUAAAAGUAACGCUUUUGUUCUAGUUUUUUUUACCAUUUUUAUUUCACAAUUUUGAAAUAGCGCAAAGAAACUGCCCGGGCAAGUCGCGCUAACAUUGCUGCCAAAAAUAGCCGACAAUUUCUUGGCAGCAAUGGCGCUGUAUAAGCACACCACGGUACUGUGGUAACCAAUACAGCGGUAUUAUCCGCUGUUUGCAUGGGGCUUUUAAAAAUAUUUUAAGCAAAAUAGGAUUCUAGCCAGGGGCGGGUCCAAGGGGGUGGCCGAGGGGGCCCGGGCCCCUAUAUUCAGAUAAUUGGCUUAAAAAUAACAAGAAAUAUAAGAAAAUUCACGAAAGAACAAUGAACCUGGCCCCCUUUCCUGGAACUCUUGCUUCGGCCACCCAUUUAUGGAACUCCUGGAACCGCCCCUGUUAGCUAGAGACAAAAUAAUGAGAAAACUUCAAAUAUCCACGUUUGUUUUUAUCAACCUUUAUUUUACCGUAUUUUUAUUUCAUACCAGAUUUCGAAAUCUAUUUUGUAUCUAUACAUAUCAAAUUUCUAUACAACAAACGUCUUAUAAACCUGUAUGUAGAAUUGCGAGCUCUGGACCACGUGACAGCUAGGCGGUUGUAGGAUUUUAACAUGCAUGCAUAUACAGUUUUAUAAAAUAUUUAAACCUACAAUGACCAAUUUAGUUACUCCUAUAAAUAAUGACAGGAAAGAUGUAUCUCUUUAAUAAAUUAAAUAUUCUUGUAACAGGGGACCAUUUCCUGGU